AUGUCUGUAAAAGAGGAAGUUGUAAUCUCAGGCUUCUCGGGUCGUUUUCCUGAGUCUUCGAAUGUUGAAGAAUUCAAGAGCAAUCUCUUCAAUGGUAUCGAUAUGGUGAACGAUGAUCCACGUCGUUGGCCUACCGGUCUUUAUGACUUGCCUUCAAGAAUUGGGAAGAUGAAGCAGGAAAACUUGGAAAAUUUUGAUCACAUCUUUUUCGGUGUUCAUCAAAAACAAGCAGAAGUGACGGAUCCUCUUAUUCGAAAUCUACUCGAAGCCACUCAUGAGGCUAUAGUUGAUUCAGGAUACAAUCCUCAAGAGCUACGUGGCUCUCGUACUGGAGUGUAUGUCGGCGCUUACGUGUCAGAAGUUAAACAAUACUGGUCAAAGGACCCAGAUUAUAUCACUGGGUAUGAAUUGUUGGGAUUUCUUCAAUCAAUGUUUUCCAAUCGCUUGUCCUUCACGUAUAACUUUACUGGACCUAGCUAUGCUGUUGAUACUGCAUGUUCUAGUUCUCUGUUUGCAAUGGCUCAAGCUUUCGAAGAUAUUCGCGAUGGACGUUGUGAUGCUGCUAUAGUAGCAGGAGCUAAUUUAAUUCUAAAUCCCAUUACAUCUCUGAUGUUUCAUAGAGUUAAAAUGGUUAGUCCUGAUGGUGCUUGUAAAGCAUUCGAUGAGUCUGCAAAUGGAUACGUGCGAUCCGAUGCAUGUGUCGUGGUAUUUCUGCAGAAAGCUAAAGAUGCUCGUCGUAUCUAUUCAACAAUUCUUAACAUACGAACUAAUACAGAUGGUGCCAAGGACCAAGGUAUCGCAUAUCCUAAUGGUGAAAUGCAAAAGCAACUGAUGAAAGAAACGCAUCAGGAGAUUUCUCUAAAUCCUCUUGAUAUUGAAUAUUUCGAGGCUCACGGGACAGGUACCAGAGCAGGGGAUCCUGAAGAAGUAAAUGCAAUCUGCGAUUUAUUUUGCAAGGAUCGUAAAACUCCACUUCUUAUCGGAUCAGUAAAAUCCAAUAUGGGUCAUUCUGAACCAGCCUCUGGGUUAUGCUCCAUUGCAAAAUUGCUCAUUGCCAUGGAAGUUAAAGUUAUUCCUGCAAAUCUGCACUACAAUAAUCCUAAUCCUGAAAUCAGUGGACUACUUGAUGGUCGCUUAAAAGUCGUAGAUAGGAAUACUCCAUGGAAUGGAGGUAUAGUUGCAAUAAAUAAUUUUGGAUUUGGUGGAGUAAAUACUCAUGUAAUUUUGAAGGCUAAUCCAAAAAUGAAGAUCAUUAAACCCAUUGAUGGAUACCCAAGAUUGGCGGUGGUUUCAGGACGUACUUAUGAUGCUGUACAAGUCCUCUUGAAGGAAAUUGAAGCCCACGCAGAUGAUGAAGAGUAUUUGGCAUUAGUGAAUGAAGUUCACGUUAAGAAUAUUCCUCUUCACAAUUAUCGUGGAUAUGCUGUCGUAAGCAAGGAUGAGCCUCUGCAUGAUAUAGUUGAGUUUACAGAGACAAAACGUCCAAUAUGGUUCGUGUUUUCCGGAAUCGGCUCGCAGUGGGCUCACAUGGCGAAAGAAUUGAUGCAGAUUGAUAUCUUCAACAGGAGUAUUCACAAAUGUGCUGAAGCUCUACGUCCCGAAGGCGUUGAUCUCAUACAUACAUUGACUAAUUUGGAUGAAACUUCUUUUGAUACUUUGCACAAUUUCAUUUCAAUUACCGCUGUUCAAAUUGCUCUAACUGAUGUUCUCACACAUCUUGGGAUUACAUCUGAUGGAUUUGUAGGACAUUCAGUAGGAGAAUUAGGAUGUGCUUAUGCCGAUGGAUGUUUAACGCUUGAACAAACUAUCCUUGCUGCAUAUUGGAGAGGAAGAAACAUUUUAGACACUAAUUUAAUAUCUGGAACGAUGGCAGCUGUUGGUCUGUCUUGGGAAGAAUGCCUGAAGCGUUUGCCAGAGGAUAUUUUUCCUGCUUGUUAUAACAGCGCAGAUAAUGUCACGAUAUCUGGACCCACGGAAUCCAUAAACAAAUUCGUGGAAAUAUUGCAAAAGGAAGGAGUAUUCGCCAAGAUUGUUAAUGUAUCAGGAAUACCUUUUCACAGCAAGUACAUGAACAAUGUCGGUCCAAAGCUUAAAAAAUCUCUCGAUAAAAUCAUACCCAUUCCGAAAAUUCGUUCAGAUAAAUGGAUAAGCACCAGCAUUCCAAAAUAUGAAUGGAAUACAGCGAUAGCGAAGAAAAGUUCAGCAGACUAUCAUGUAAAUAAUCUUCUAUCACCUGUACUUUUUUACGAAGCCAUUCAGCACAUUCCAAAAAAUUCAAUCUGCAUUGAAAUAGCUCCCCAUGGACUUCUCCAAGCCAUUUUAAGACGUUCAUUAGGCGAGAAUGUGAUAAAUCUGAGCCUAAUGAAGCGCAAUUACGACAAAAAUGUUCAAUUUUUGAUGAGCAACAUUGGAAAACUCUUUGCAGCUGGAGCUCAACCUAAUGUAAAUAAGCUUUUCCGGCCAAUAACUUAUCCCGUGGGGCGUGGAACACCAAUGCUCAAUUCUAAAAUCUUGUGGGAUCAUUCACAGAAGUGGACAGUACCAUAUUUAGGGUCAAGCAAUACUUCAAAGGAAACCUUUGUGGAGUUUGAUCUGAGAAAUGAAGAAGAUUCCUUCUUAAUUGGACACACCAUUGAUGGUCGUGUUCUUUUUCCUGCGGCUGGAUACAUUAGCCUUGCUUGGUGUCAAUUUGCCAAAGCUCAGGGAAGUACUCCUGAUCGCACGUCAGUGAUUUUUGAAAAUCUUGUCUUUCACCGCGCAACAAUUUUGCCCGUUGAUAGCUCAGUAAAAUUUGGAAUUAAAUUUCUUGAUGCUUCAGGAAAAUUUGAAAUAUGUGAAGGAGGUUCUUUAGCCAUGUCUGGAACGAUUCUAAUUUCCAAUAAUGAUAUUGAAGAGGAAGAAGAAUUUUUACUAGAUUCACUUCAAGACUCAAAGAAUAGUUCUUUAUUAAACUCAAAUGAUAUUUAUAAUGAAUUGCUUCUGCGUGGUUUUGAUUACAAAAACCAAUUUCGUGGUAUAGUUCAAGCAGAUCUAAGUACCAACACGGGCAAAGUAGAGUGGACAAAAAAUAAUUGGAUAUCUUUCAUCGAUCUAAUAUUUCAAUUUUUUCUCUUAGAGAAGGAAUUGCGAGAGUUGUAUGUUCCUACACGCGUUGAGAAAAUCAUCAUUAAUCCAAAAAGGCAUUUCAAAAUUGUUGCAAAAUCCAGCACAGACAGAGAAGGAAAAUCCAUUUUACCAAUUUACAUGAACAAGGAUAUAAACGUUAUCAAAAGUGGUGGAAUAGAGGUGAAAGGAAUAAUUUUUACCAUAGCUCCUAGGCGCCAGAUUUAUCAUACUCCACCUAAGCUGGAGAGAUACACUUUCAUUCCAAAUUUCAACAAUUAUGAACUCUCUGAACAAAUAGACAUUGCAAAGGAGCAUGCAAUCACUAGCCUUGUUCAACUGGCCAUUGAAAACUGCAAAGGAGCCUUAAGGAUUAAAACAGCAGAGCUACUGCUACAAAUGGGACCAGAAACUCUCUUGACUACAGAUGUGCAGCGAGUUAUUGAAAAUGAACCUCGAUUGAUCAGUGAUUUUACUAUCAUGACACCUCCAAAAACACAAAACCUGCAGAAGUUAGUGAAUGAUGCAGAAAUUCGAAUUCUUACCAAAGACAUUACAAUGGGACCCAUUGACUCAAGUUACCACCUUUACUUGGCUACAGAUGUUCUCACACAUCCUAAUGCGAAAUUCAUUUUGAGAAAUCUGAAAGAUUCCAUCAAAGAAGAUGGUUUUGUUCUCCUAGAAGAAUCUGCCAAGGAGAAAAGGACUAAUCGCGACAACAAGUUCUUUUCCUUGCUAAAUUUCACUGUGGUUUCAUCGCAAAUGUGCUCAGAGAGGGAAUACCUUCUCUUACGUCCAACAUUCUACAUUGAAUCACAAAAGAUUCAAGUAGUUAAUGUAACCGAGAAGAAUUUUAACUGGCUGGAACAUCUGAAAUCAGCCAUUCUUAAGGCAGAGAGUGAGAGAAGUUUGCUGUAUAUCGUAUGCCAGGGUGAAGAAUUGUUUGGAGCUGUAGGAUUCAUGAACUGCCUCAAAUAUGAAACUGGUGGAAACUCUGCUAGAUUAUUCUUCAUCCAAGACACAAAUGCGCCCGUCUUUUCCAUUACAAAUCCUUUCUAUUUGGAUCAGAUAAAGAAGAAUCUCACCUUUAAUGUACUUAAGAAUGGAACUUGGGGAUCUUUCAGACAUUUAAAAUUGGAAUGCCAACAAAAUCUGCCUAAACAACAAGUUGAACAUGCCUUCGUAAAUGUUCUAACUAAAGGUGAUUUAUCGAGUUUAAGAUGGAUUGAAGGACCGCUCAGCAUCAACCGUCCAGAAUUAAGUGAUCCUGACGUAGAAAUGUGUACUGUUUACUAUGCAUCACUGAAUUUCCGCGAUAUCAUGCUUGGUUCAGGAAAACUCUCCGUUGAUUCUCUGCCAAAGCAUUUAGCAGAUCAAGAAUGUGUUUUAGGGAUUGAAUUCUCUGGACGUGAUUCAAAAGGAAAUCGCACUAUGGCGAUGGUACCGUCAAAGUCUCUCGCCACAUCUUGUGUUGUUCGGAAGAAAGUACUGUGGCCUGUUCCAGAUUCUUGGACUCUUGAAGAAGCUUCUACUGUUCCAUGUGUCUACUCCACUGUGUAUUAUGCUCUGGUUAUGCGUGGAAAGAUGAAGAAGGGUGAAACUAUUUUAAUUCAUGCUGGAUCCGGUGGUGUAGGUCAAGCUGCUAUUUCUGUGGCACUCCACGCUGGACUCACCGUAUUCACGACUGUUGGAAGUAAGGAGAAGAGAGAGUUCCUCAAGAAAACUUUUCCACAAUUAACAGAUCGAAAUAUUGGAAAUUCUCGCGAUUGCUCAUUUGAAGAAAUGAUAAUGCGUGAAACGAAAGGUAGAGGAGUGGAUUUAGUAUUAAAUUCAUUGGCUGAUGAAAAGCUUCAAGCAUCCGUUAGGUGUCUUGCAUUCAACGGACGAUUCUUGGAGAUUGGGAAAUUCGAUCUCAGCAACAACAGCUCUCUUGGAAUGUCUAUUUUCCUAAAGAAUAUCAGCUUCAAUGGAAUCUUACUUGAUGAGGUCUUAAAUAGUGAUGACAAGACGAUUGAUCAAAUCAAACAGCUCAUAUACGAAGGAAUUGAGAGUGGUGCUGUUCGUCCACUUCCAAGGACUGUUUUUAACAAUCAGGAAGUAGAGGAAGCUUUUCGCUUUAUGGCUUCUGGAAAGCACAUUGGAAAAGUUGUUAUAAAGUUACGUAACGAAGAGGAAAAGAAGGAAAUUCUUCCCGCUUCCAAGCUUAUUUCAGCCAUUCCUCGAACGUAUUUUUACAAAGAAAAGACAUACAUUGUCGUUGGAGGGCUAGGAGGAUUUGGAUUUGAACUGAUAUAUUGGCUAAUUUCUCGUGGUGCAAAGAAUAUUUUAGUUACAAGUAGAAGUGGAAUUAAGACAGGCUACCAAUCAUUGAUGGUAAGACGUUGGAGAGAGAAAGGUGUGAAUGUGGUUGUGGCUAUAAAUGAUCUGUCUACGCAACAAAGUGCUCAACAAUUGCUCAAGGAUGCUACUACACUGGCGAAACGCAACUGAACACUGGGUCCUGUAGGAGGAAUUUUUAACACAGCAGUAGUUCUGCGUGAUGGUCUCUUGGAAAAUCAACAGGAGUCUGAUUUCCGUACUGUUUGUCUUUCUAAAGUCGAUGCUACAAAAUUCCUUGAUGCAGCUUCACGAAUUCUGUGUCCUGAUUUAGAUUACUUCAUCUGCUUCUCCAGUGUUUCAUGUGGACGCGGCAAUAUUGGUCAAGUUAAUUAUGGAUUGGCUAAUUCAGCAAUGGAGAGAAUUUGUGAGGCUCGACAGGCAGCUGGAUAUCCUGGAAUGGCUAUUCAGUGGGCUGCCAUCGGUGAUACGGGUCUCAUAAUUCGAAAUCUAGGAAAUAAUGAAACGAUUAUUGGUGGUACUUUACCUCAAAGGAUAGUGUCCUGCUUAGAAACAAUUGACGUCUUCAUGCAACAACCUUAUCCCAUUCUGGCCUCAAUGGUAAUUGCAGACAAGAAAAAAGUGGGUAACGAUCGGAUCAGCAUUUCAACUCACAUCGGAAAUAUUCUUGGAUUUAAAAAUUUAAAGAAAAUUUCCUUCACAUCAACAUUGGCUGACUUGGGAAUGGAUUCACUUAUGAGAGAAGAAAUUAAGCAAACACUUGAAAGAAACUACGAUUUAGUGUUGAAUGCACAAGAAAUAAGACAGCUUACUUUUGAGAAA